AUCAUCUAAGUUCAAUUGAUAUUCAUAUAUAAAUUCAGUACUCAUCCAUCAAGUCAAGGCUUUGUUUCAAAUUUGAUUGAAUCAUCGAGUAGAAAGCAAUUCAUAUUUUGAAUUAUGAGAUUCGUCAUUCUGUUGGUUUUAUGCUUUAGUGCAUGUAAAGGUGUUCAUGUCGACGAAUUCAGCUUUUCAAAUGUACUCGAUAUCGUUUACUUGAUAAGAGAAGGUUUGAUGAAGACAGCUGACCACUUAAUUGCCCUGGAAUGUGUCAAUGCUCGAAAUGAAGAAAAUGGUCAAGUUUUCCUUCAUGUGUGUGCAGAAAAGGGUUCGCUUCUUUGUGUCAAGGAGCUUCUUCGAAACGGUGCUGAUCCAAAUAUCAAAGACAAUUUCAACAAGAGGCCAGUUGAUUAUGCUAAAGCAAAUGAAUACGUGGUUAUCACUUCCAAAUUAACAGAAGCAAUGUUGAAAAGUACUGCUGGUGAUGUUGCGGGACAAGCUUGUCGCAUUGAUGAAGCCGAUUGGAAGAAAAUGGGACGAAAAAGCUUUGGUGACCUUAUUGAUGAAGUCGUUGGCAUUGGAAUAAAUAAACGAUUUGGCGCUCCAUUCGGCGACGGAGGCACUCUUCUUCAUGAAUGGUCGAAAAAUAAUGUUACACUCGGCAUUGAAAUGUUGUUAGAGGCAGGAGCCGAUCCGAAAAUCAAGGACAGUAAUAAGAAGACAGCACUUGACCAUGCUGUUGGCAAAGGCUAUUGGAAAAUCGCAGAGCUGUUAUCUAAUGCAUGAUUUCCACGUCAAUACAAUCCCAUGACGAUAUUCCGGACUUUUUCAAUAUUUAGAUAAUAUUCGUGUAACAUCAUAUUUAAAUCAAAGCACAUUUGCUUAUAAAGGUCGAUUCGGAACAAAAGA